UUCACGGCGCAUGAGGGACUGUGACCUCCACUGCGUGCACGCUUGGCUGUGGGACAGAGUAAGUACAGAACGAGGAGUGGCCACGAUGCAGUUCUGCCUCCUCCUGUGCCUGAUGCUACUUACCCCUUUGGGUGACAGCCUGCUCCACUCCCGCUCGCGGGAGACGAAGAAGAGAGCCAAGGAGCUACCCGUGCUCAGCACCGCGGUCCCCGCCAGCAGAGACUUUGCCUUUGACCUCUACAGGGCCUUGGCUACGGCUGCCCCUGACCAGAACAUCUUCUUCUCCCCUCUGAGCAUCUCCACCACCCUGGCCAUGCUGUCCCUGGGGGCGCGAUCCCACACGAAGGAGCAGAUCCUGGAAGGCCUGGGCGUCCAUCCCCAGGAGGGCUCGGAGGAGGAGCUCCACAACACCUUCCACCAGCUGCUGCAGGAGUUUGCCCAGCCCAGGGAGGACGUCCAGCUGAGCCUCGGCAACGUCCUGUUCAUCAGCCCCGAGGUGCACCUCCAGGACACCUUCCUGAGUGCCAUGAAGACGCUGUACCUGGCAGACACCUUCCCCACUGACUUUGGGGACCCCGCAGGGGCCCAGAAGCAGAUCAAUGAUUACGUGGCAAAGCAAACUCAAGGCAAGAUUGCGGACUUGGCGAAGGACCUGGAUAGCACGGAGGUCAUGAUUAUGGUGAAUUACAUCUUCUUUAAAGCUAAGUGGAGGACAAGUUUUGACCACAAAAACACCCGAAAGCAGGACUUCCAUGUGACCUCGGAGACCGUGGUGUGGGUGCCCAUGAUGAAGGGGGAAGACCAUUAUUACUACUUCCUGGACCGAAACCUCUCCUGCAAGGUGGUGGGUGUCCCCUACCAAGGGAAUGCCACCGCUUUCUUCAUCCUCCCCGGCGAGGGCAGGAUGGGACAGCUGGAGAACGGACUGAAUGAGAAAACACUGAGGAAGUGGCUCAGGAUGUUCACAAAGAGGCAGCUUGAGCUCUACCUUCCCAAGUUCUCCAUCGAGGGCUCCUACCAGCUGGAGAAGGUCCUCCCCAUGCUGGGCAUCAAUGACGUCUUCACCAGCCAUGCUGACUUGACUGGCAUCACCAACCACUCCAGCAUCCAGGUGUCUGAGAUGGUGCACAAGGCCAUGGUGGAGGUGGACGAGUCCGGGACCAAAGCAGCUGCAGCCACAGAGACCAUCUUCAUGUUCAAGUCAGCUCCGAUGAGCUCCCAAAGGGUCAUAUUCAACAGGCCCUUUUUGAUGGUCAUUGUGGAGAACUCCACGAAUAUUCUCUUCGUUGGCAAAGUGACCCACCCCUGAGGUGGGUGUGUCUCCUGGAAGGUCACAGGUGGCGGAAGUUGAAGGCACACUGUGGCAUCUGUCUGCUGGGAGCUGGUGAUUGACACAGGUUUCGUGGCCUAAUGAGGCUUUUACAAGUAAUAAUAGUCAUAGUAUUGAUAUACUAAUGGUUGCUUCUUCUCACACAACUGCACAACGUGGGCACCUUGAAGAUCCUUCAGGAGCAUUUGGUCUUGCCUUUACCCUUCCUUGGUGGAGUCUAGCGCUGAGGCCCAGAGAGGCUGGUUGACUUGCCCAAGGUCACACAGCAUGUUAGUGGUAGAGAGAAGCCCAGAAUCCAGGUCCCUGACCUCCAGCCCAGUGACACAGAGCUCUGUAGGAGGCUUGUUCUGGUAGAUAUUUCUACCAAGAAAUGUAUUUCCAAGCUGAGCCCUCAUCUUGCCAACCAUGCCAACCAUCAGUUCAUCAUGGUGUGGAGAGAACACUGAAAUGAGAGUCUGGAAUGGGGCUUCUGUCCCAGCUAACCAGCUGGGGGACAUUGGGAUAAUUCUGCCUCUCUCUGGACCUCUAUUUCCCCCAUGCAUACCAUGAAGGAUCAGGUGAAGGGCUGAAGGCUCCUUGACGUUAUGUAAGGAAGCUGGGUGUUCCCUGCCAGUCAAGGUAGAUUUUAAGAUAUUCCAGCGCUACUUGUCCUUGAAGAAAAGCAAGUGGACAGCAGGGUGGAAAUGGUCCAUCACAGCAUCGAGCCAUCGUGUGGUUUCAGUAACAACCUCCUGGCGUCAGCUUGGGGGGAGCCCAGAGGCCCAUUGCAAAUACUACCAUAUCUACUGAAGACAUUGAUGACUAACUGUGAAUUUUAGUGUCCACAAUAACAAUACAGCAUGUUGCAAACA